GGAACAAACUUCACUUUAAAACAGCCCUGUCUUCUUGCUCCUCUCCAAACACCUGCCAUCAUGGACAAAUCCAUCUGCAAAUUAUUACAGCUAUUAUCGCUAUACAUUCACAUCCUGUAUGUGUGUGGAGAGGGCGUUGUACUAAUGCCAGUUGAACUUGCUCCUAUCCCGUGUAAUGACAAAGCAGUGGAGAAGCUGUCUCGCCUGGCUGUCACUUACAUCAAUGAGGAUCGCAUCGAAGGCUAUAAGUUUGCCCUGAACCGCGUUGCAAAUGUCCAUCUGCACGCUCAGGGCCCAGCAGGCAAUGUGUAUUACUUAGACCUGGAAGUCCUGGAAACCAAGUGUCACACGGGCAGCAAGAAACCAUGGAAACGCUGUGACGUCAGACCAUUCAUGGAAACGCAAAUCUCUGGCAACUGCAACACCACCAUUCUGCACACGCCAGAGGGCUACUCCUACUUAUACAGCUACGACUGUGCUCUUGUGCCAGAUCCACCAGAGAAGCUCCAGCAGACCUGCCCAAUGUGCCCCCUCCUUCUUUCUGUAGACAGCCCCGAGGCCAUGAAUGCUGCUUGGGUCACUCUGGCAUCCUAUAAAAGGAAGUCCACUCUGGCUGCAGGGCUUGGCGUGAAAAAGAUCACAAGAGCUGCAGCACAGUCUGUGCCAGUAAAAGCCACUUUUGUGGAGUACACAGUCCAAGAAUGUCCCGAGGGAGUGACAGAAAGAGGCACCUGCCAGCGAUUGACGCUCGACUCUGACACAGAGACUGCAGGUUUCUGUACGGGAUCUGUGCAUGGAGACAUGAAUGUUGAUCCUGAUGCACAGACAUCCUGCGAGAUGUUUAAAGUACAGAAUGUAGAUGUCCUCCGACCGGUGCAGCCACAGGGUCACGACCUCCCCAAAGACCCAGCAAUUCCGACGUUCACACCUAUGAUUGGUGACCCAGGAACUGAUCCACAGCCUGUUCCCUCUGACCCCCCCACUGCUGUUCAGCCUGUGCCAGUCGACCCCUCUGUGGCUGUUGACCCUGCUGUCCAUCUCAGCUCUUCUUCCAGUGAGUCUGCUGAAGGUCUAGUUACUGGGUCUUUGGAUUCAUCCUCUGAAGAAAUCGGAGGCCCCGUGGCUCUGCGUCCCCCUUUUAACUUCCGCUACCAGAGGCGUGACCGUAAAAAACGUCAGGCCUUGAUGGAGACCUCGCCCUCUUACCACCCCAUCUUCCUGUCUGAUUUCCCCAGUGGGCCCUCUCCUUUCCGAUCCUGUCCCGGUCCAGCUCGGUACACCACAGUUUAAGUGGUGCUGCUCUGCCCAGGAGUCUAUUUUUCAAUUUAUGAUUUAUCCAGUGAGAGCCUGGACCGAUAAACUGUUCUGCUUGCUGUUGCUGGAAGCAUAAAAUAAUUUGUGCUAAUAAGUAGAAACCUAUCUCUUUUCACUGGCCCUGAAAUGACCUCUCUACUGCUGCACUGUACUAGGGCUCCCAAAGCAGCAAAAUAGCU